AUGAUGCUAGACCUUUUAGUGGGCAAAUUGUCAGCACCGAUUCAGAAGUCACUCCCUCAAACAUUAAAUCAUCAACCUGAUCCGCACCGACAAGUGGUAAAGCUAUUUGAUAAAAUUCGAGCCGAUCAAGAGUUCAAAAGUUUUGCAGAGGAUGUACAGAGAAUGAUGGUAUUGGACUCCACCUACAAAACUUUGGUCUUUGAGGAAUGGACACAAAACCUGUACCUUCCAGACAAUAUGCUUCCCAAUUUCGAUAAUACGAUAUCGGAACGUUCUCUCAAAAAUCCACUUUUUUUGGCUUGGCUUAAUUACGUCGACUGGUACUGGACUUUUGCGAAAGAUCAAAGAUGCAAUACUUACAUCAUCAAUGCUUUUCCUCAAAAUGUUGGCCACGUAAAAGCACUAAAGUAUGCUUGGAGAUUCGAUAAGUGGAUAAAAACGCAGAAUUUCGCGGACGACAACUCGAACAGAAUACAACAUGAGUUACAUCGUAAAUUAUUCACAAAGAAUGGCGAGCUGACGUGGAUACUUCAUUAUAUCAAUGCCGACAAGAAAAAUUUUGCACACUUCAUCCUCUUGAAACUGUUACGAUUCUUAAUAUCCCUAGUCGAAUUUGAUGAGCUGGUGAAGCUGUUGAUAUCACUUUAUGAAGACUCGGAACUGAUGAAGCUAGAUUUAGUGGAAGCCAAUGUCACCGCUGAAAGAUACAAACACUACCUUCUCAUAAUAGCUGAUUUGUUCGCUCUGUCAGAUCGUUCAAUUGAUGCAGAAGAAAAAGCUACAAGCGUCACAAAAGCGCGUGCAUUUCUGAAAAAGCAGCAGAAGUCUGACUUUGAAGCUUCGACUCAAAUGACAAAGCAUAAUCAGUCGCGUGGUAAGAUUAGACGCAAGCUUCCAUGA